AUGUUCGGGCUCAAGCUGAAGAAGAAGAAGAAGAAAGCAGAGAAGGGGUUAACCCUAGCCAAUAAGGCUGCCCAAGAUGGCCAAGGUGAAGCAGAAGCAUCACAGGAGGGGCCUUCUCACCAGGAAGGACUGAGAGGAGAUUUGAUUUAUGAUCAUGCAUCUGUCACCUCUGUCCCUUCAGCUCCUCCAAAGAGAAGAUCAAAACUGUUGACUAAGAUCCAUGAUGGGGAGAUCAGAUCCCAAAACUAUCAGAUUGCCAUCACCAUCACUGAGGCCCGCCAGCUGGUGGGUGAGAACAUUGAUCCAGUUGUGAUCAUUGAGGUUGGGGAUGAGAAGAAGCAGAGCACCGUGAAGGAAGGAACCAACAGCCCAUUUUACAAUGAAUACUUUGUCUUCGACUUCAUUGGACCCCAAGUGCAUGUUUUUGACAAGAUCAUCAAAAUCUCAGUCUUUCACCACAAGCUGAUAGGAAGCAUACUGAUCGGUUCCUUCAAAGUAGACCUGGGGACUGUGUACAACCAACCAGGUCAUCAGUUCUGUGACAAGUGGGCCCUGCUCACAGACCCCGGCGACAUCAGGACGGGCACGAAGGGGUACCUGAAGUGUGACAUCAGCAUGACCGGGAAAGGCGACGUCUUAAAGACCAACCCCAAGACCUCCGAUGCUGAGGAGCAAAUAGAAAAGAACCUUUUGAUCCCUAAAGGGUUUCCAUCAGAGAGGCCCUGGGCCAGAUUCUACGUGAGACUCUACAAAGCAGAAGGGUUGCCCAAAAUGAACUCCAGCAUCAUGGCGAAUGUCACCAAAGCAUUUGUGGGUGACAGUAAGGACCUUGUGGACCCCUUCGUGGAGGUCUCCUUUGCUGGGCAGAUGGGACGAACCACAGUGCAGAAGAACUGUGCCGAUCCUGUGUGGCACGAACAGGUGGUCUUCAAGGAAAUGUUCCCUCCUUUGUGUCGGAGGGUGAAAAUCCAGGUGUGGGAUGAAGGCAGCAUGAAUGAUGUAGCUCUGGCCACCCAUUUCAUUGACCUGAAGAAAAUCUCCAAUGAACAGGAUGGAGACAAAGGCUUUCUACCGACCUUUGGACCUGCCUGGAUUAACCUGUAUGGCUCACCCAGGAACCACAGUCUGAUGGAUGACUACCAGGAACUGAAUGAAGGCUUUGGAGAAGGCGUGUCAUUCAGGGGCAGGAUCUUGGUGGAAAUUGCUGUGGAGAUCCUCUCAGGAGGGGCACAGGAAUCUAAAUUUUCCAAGACACUCAAGGAGCUUAAGUUGUCUUCAAAGGACAAAGACUCCAAGUCUUCCAAAGGCUCCAGUAAAGACAAGGAUGAUAAGACUGAUGGUGGAAAAUCCCAGCAGGCUUCAGACAAGACCAACUCAACAGAGGUUGAGGUGGAACCUUUCGAUGUGCCCCCUGAGAUUAUACCAGAAAAAUAUGAGGAAUUUUUACUCUUUGGAGCAUUUUUUGAAGCUACCAUGAUUGACCGGAGGAUUGGAGACAAACCCAUUAGCUUUGAAGUUUCUAUUGGUAAUUUUGGGAACCUGCUUGAUGGAGGGUCCUCUCAUGGGAGUAAGAAGAAGUCAGCGGAAUCAGCUGAAGAAGAAGUCCUCCCACUGCUGCAUGAAGGAGAAGGGGGUGCAGCCCAUAAUGUUGCCAUCCCUACUGUCUCCACCACACACCCAGAGAAGCCACUCGUGACAGAAGGGAACAGGAAUUACAACUAUUUGCCUUUUGAGGCCAAGAAGCCCUGUGUCUACUUUAUCAGUUCUUGGGGAGACCAGACGUUUAGGCUGCACUGGUCCAACACGCUGGAGAAAAUGGCGGACCUGCUGGAAGAAAGUAUAGAAGAAGUGAGAGAAUUGAUUAAGAUUUCAGAGAAAGCACCGGAAGACAAAAUGAAGACGGCGCUCAGUGACUUCAUCAGUCAAAGCAGUGCCUUUAUCUCUGAAGCAGAAAAGAAGCCCAAGAUGUUGAACCAAACCACUUUAGAUAAGAAACGACUUACGCUCUAUUGGCAGGAGCUGGAAGCAAUGGCCAAGGAGGCCAAGGCAAUCAUUCAGCAGCAGAAGAAAAAAUUAUCUCUUGAUGAAAUGAUCCAUGAAGCCGAAAUCUUUGUGGAAAAAAUCCGCUUCCUCGUUGAUGAGCCACAGCACACCAUCCCUGAUGUCUUCAUCUGGAUGCUCAGCAACAACAGGAAAGUGGCAUAUGCCCGCAUCGCCUCCAAGGACCUGCUCUAUUCCCCUGUCAGUGAGCAGAUGGGCAAACACUGUGGGAAGAUCAAAACUCAUUUCCUCAAACUUCCUGGAAAACGGCCGGCUGGUUGGUCCGUGCAAGCAAAGGUCGACGUGUACCUGUGGCUGGGCUCCACCAGACACUCCAGUGCCAUUUUGGACAACUUGCCAGCAGGCUAUGAAGCGGAGAUGUCUUCCAAAGUGGCUGGAACCCCUCAACCCCCAACCAGCCUGCUCUACCCAGCCCGGCAUGUCUUUCAGCUGAGAGCGCACAUGUAUCAAGCCCGGGGCCUCAUCGCAGCGGACAGCAAUGGACUCUCAGACCCCUUUGCCAAAGUCACGUUCCUUUCCCACUGCCAGACCACAAAGGUCAUUUCCCAGACCCUCUCCCCAACCUGGAACCAGAUGCUGUUGUUCAAUGACUUGGUGCUGCAUGGAGACCAGAAGGAGCUGGUGGAGUCCCCGCCUUUGGUGGUGGUGGAGCUCUAUGACAGUGACGCGGUGGGGAAGCCAGAAUAUUUGGGGGCCACAGUGGCUGCUCCUGUUGUGAAGCUGGCUGACGAGGACUAUGAGCCACCCAGGCUGUGCUAUCACCCCAUCUUUUGUGGGAGCCUCUCUGGAGGGGACCUCCUUGCUGUAUUUGAACUGCUGCAGGUCCCUUCAUCUGGGCUGCAAGGACUUCCUCCCGUUGACCCACCAGAUGUCACCCACAUCUACCCAGUUCCUGCCAGCAUUCGGCCCGUGCUGAGCAAAUACCGAGUGGAGGUUCUCUUCUGGGGAGUCCGAGAAAUGAAGAAGGUGCAGCUGCUGUCGGUGGAUCGGCCGCAGGUCCUCAUCGAGUGUGGGGGCCGGGGAGUCAAGUCCUGUGUGAUCCAGAGCUACAAGAACAACCCAAACUUCAGCAUCCAGGCAGAUGCUUUCGAAGUGGAGCUGCCUGAGAAUGAGCUUCUGCACCCGCCCCUCAGCAUCUGCGUGGUGGACUGGAGAGCUUUCGGGAGGAGCACCCUGGUGGGCACCUACACCAUCAACUGCUUGAAGCAGUUUUUGUGUAAACCCAAGGAGCCCCUGGCCCCCCUGUCAGAGGUGGACGGAACCCAAGUUGAGCAAGACUCGCUAAUAACCACUGAGCCCUCCGGGUCCCUCAGCUCCUCCCAGGAGCCGCCAACGGAUCACAUCUACGUGGAUGUAGAGCCGCCUCCCACCGUGGUACCCGACUCUGCCCAAAUUCAGCCAACCAGCUUGGUUGACAUCCCUGACUCAUCUCCUAUGCUUGAGCCUGAACCCAAACCUGCAGAAGAGGAGCCACCAAAAGAUAGCAAAGCCAAGGAUGCCAGGAAACCUACCCGAAAGUCAACCAAAAGAAGAAGGAGAACCAUAGCGGAUGAAUCCGCUGAAAACGUCAUUGACUGGUGGUCCAAAUAUUAUGCCUCCCUGAAGAAAGCCCAGAAGGAAAAGCAGAGCAGUCCCAAGGAGAAGAGAGGCAAUGCAGGGGUGAAACCAGACGAGGUGGUGGUAAAUAUAGAAGAUGGGGCAAAAAAGAAGAAAGACAAAAUGCUCAAGAAGAAACUCAAAGAGGAUGAAAUCCCCAACCUAGCCAUCUUGCAGAUAUAUGACGGUGACCUUGAGAGUGAAUUCAACCAUUUUGAAGACUGGGUGAAAACCUUUGAACUCUUCAGAGGCAAGUCUACAGAGGAUGACCAUGGCCUCGAUGGGGACCGAGUCAUAGGGAAGUUUAAGGGCUCCUUCUGCAUCUACAAGAGCCCCAAGGAUUCCAGCACGGAGGACUGUGGGCAGCUGAGAAUCCAGCAAGGGGUUCCUCCCAACCACCCUGUCAAAGUCCUGAUCAGGGUGUACAUUGUUGCGGCAUUUAAUCUCAGCCCAGCUGAUCCGGACGGCAAAGCAGAUCCCUACAUUGUGAUCAGGCUUGGCCAAACGGAAAUCAAAGACCGGGACAAAUAUAUUCCCAAACAACUGAACCCGGUAUUUGGAAGGUCAUUUGAGAUCCAGGCCACGUUCCCAAAGGAGUCCCUGCUCUCCAUCCUUAUCUAUGACCAUGACAUGAUUGGGACAGAUGACCUCAUUGGUGAGACCCGGAUCGACCUGGAGAACCGCUUCUACAGCAGACACCGAGCCAUCUGUGGCUUGCAGAGCCAGUACGAGAUAGAAGGAUACAAUGCCUGGAGAGACACAUCCAAACCUACCGAGAUCCUCACAAAGCUCUGUAAAGACAAUAAACUGGAUGGACCCUACUUUCGCCCUGGGAAAAUACAGAUAGGAAAUCAGGUCUUUUCUGGAAGAACAGUCUUCACAGAGAAGGACACAGAUGAGACGGUGGAAUCUUAUGAGCACCUGGCCCUUAGGGUUUUACACUCUUGGGAGGAUAUACCAGAGGUUGGGUGUAGGCUGGUUCCUGAGCACAUAGAAACUCGGCCGCUGUACCACAAGGAUAAGCCAGGAAUGGAGCAGGGCCGCCUGCAGAUGUGGGUGGACAUGUUUCCCAAAGAUAUGCCUCAACCUGGACCUCCAGUUGACAUUUCGCCAAGGCAGCCGAAAGGGUAUGAAUUGAGAGUGACCAUCUGGAACACUGAAGAUGUCAUUUUAGAGGAUGAGAAUAUCUUCACAGGACAAAAGUCAAGCGAUAUUUAUGUUAAAGGGUGGAUAAAGUGUUUGGAAGAUGACAGGCAGGAGACAGACGUGCAUUACAACUCCUUGACUGGCGAGGGGAAUUUCAACUGGCGCUUCCUGUUUCCAUUUCAGUACCUCCCAGCUGAGAAGCAAAUGGUUAUUACUAAGAGGGAAAACAUCUUUUCCUUAGAGAAGAUGGAGUGUAAGACACCAGCCGUGUUGGUGCUUCAGGUUUGGGAUUUUGAAACGCUGUCCUCAGAUGACUUUCUGGGCUCCCUGGAAAUGAACCUCAACAGUUUCCCCCGAGCAGCCAAGACUGCCAAAGCCUGUGAUCUCGCCAAGUUUGAAAAUGCGAGUGAGGAGAGCAAGAUCUCCAUAUUCCAGCAAAAGCGCGUGCGGGGCUGGUGGCCUUUUGCUAAAAGCAAACAACUCACAGGCAAGGUUGAAGCCGAGUUCCACCUAGUUACGGCAGAAGAAGCUGAGAAAAAUCCUGUUGGAAAAGCCCGGAAGGAGCCAGAGCCCCUGGCCAAGCCCAACCGCCCAAACACCUCCUUCUCCUGGUUUGUGAGCCCCUUCAAGUGCCUGUACCACCUCAUCUGGAAGAAUUACAAAAAGUACAUCAUCAUCGGUUUCAUUCUGAUUGUCCUCAUCAUCUUCCUGGUCCUCUUCAUCUAUACCUUGCCUGGAGCCAUCAGCCGAAGGAUCGUCGUGGGCUCCUAGAGAAUCCUGGAGGACCCAGACCCUCCCAUUCUACUUAUCCUCUCUUCUUUCUCAUUUCUAAAUGUGUAAGAGCAUGUGCUCUGUGCAGGCACUGUGCUGGGUGCUGAGGGGAUGAACCUCAAGGGCCCAAGAACUAGUCCUUCUGUCUAAGGACAGAUCAACCCUUCUUGGAUGACAUGGGAAAGGAGCUUCCCCUCCCUGCCCCAAGCCCUGCCACCACCUUUGAAACCCACAAGCCUUAAGCCAUGUUCCCAGCAUGAAAUUAUGACUCCUUUGCCUCAGAGUAAUCAAUGGUGACCUCAAAUU